AUGCCAUUGUUUGCUGAAGAUAUAGACAAUUGUGAAGAGUUGGAGAAAUGGGUGAAGUCAAUGAAUGUUAGCUAUAACUCUGAUGUUAAUGUGAAGAAUACCCCAGACCGAGGAGUUGGACUUUUCUUUAAACCCACAAAAACAAAUGGUGAACAAACUGAGUUGUUACGAAUUCCCCAUAUGUCAAGUUUCAAUAUAUACACAAUCAGGAAACUUUGUGAUGAUAAAUUAGAAGCAGAUGAUAAAAAAGUAUUGAAGAGGUGUUUGCAAAUUGUGUUUACCAUCUGCUACAGCGCAAGUGAAAGUUUGAUAUUAAUAGCCUAUAUGAUUGGAUUAUUAAUGAUUUGUGAGAAGAGAAAAAUACAUGCCUCUGUUGGGGAUGACAGGAGAUGGUUAGAUGAUAUGAAGGGGUACAUUGGUAUUUUGAUGAAAACAAAAGUUGGUAAUCUUUAUACAGACCAGCAGAAUGUAUUGGAAGAUUUUUUAGCUGCGUUCAAGGGCAAUGCCGUACUGAAGAGUAGUAUAACUGAUGUAAUAAGUGAGAAAUGGAUUGAAGUGGAGACUGCAAUAAAUGAAGAAUUUUCUGAAGAAUUUGAAAGGAUCAACGUUAGUGAGAUUCUUCAAAUAUGUAGUGCUGUCAGAUCACGAGUUUUGGAGAUUCCGAGAGAAGUUGAGACAGAAGUAUGCGGAGAAGAAGAAGAAAAAGAAGGAAGGGACAGCGACGAAGAAACGAAUGAUGACUUCUAUGUCGAUGUGACCUUGGUACCUGUGUUAGAUUUUGUGAACCAUGACAACCAUAUGAGAAAUGCCCAUUUUGAUGUUGAUAGAGACAGCAAAGACAUUGUAUUAUAUUACGAGAAUGACAAAGCAAACACCCAAGGCACAAAUGAAGAAGCAGGAGGAGCAGGGGAAGAAAAAAAAGAAGUGGAGGUGUUUAUUAGUUAUGAUAAGUAUGAGGAUAUACAUUUCAUGUUUGCUAAUUACGGGUUUAUUCCCCAAAGCAGGGGAACAAAGGUGAUUGAACUUCCCAUUCUCGGAUAUAACGAAAACUCUAAGCUCGAUAAUUACAAGGCUUCGAUGAGGUUGUACGAAAUUAAGCAAAGUCCCAACGUUCAGUUUGCAGUUGAAUUUGCGGAAACGGGAGAGAUCUGCGAUGUCAAGAUCUUAGAUGAGGAGUUCUAUUCCUAUCUGAUAUUUGAUGAUCGUCUCAAAUGGAGGGAGGAAGAAGAUGAGCAAGUCGCUGAAAACGAGGAAAACGAAGAUACCGAGGAAGAGCAACCAAAAGAUGAAGAUGCCGGUUCUGCAGCAACGUUGCAAUUAGAGUUUGAACGAGGGUAUAGGAGAUGUGAGAGACUGGUCAACCAGUUAAGUGACGAGAGAUACAAUGAAUUGCAACAUAGUUUUUAUGACUAUCUGGGUGAGUAUUUGCUCAAAUUUAGCAAAAGAGUGUCCAUUUUUGCUACAAUAACGAGGGAAUACGAAUUACCGAAUGGUGAAACAACCAACAUACUCAAACUGCUCGAGUUUUAUGGUCAACUCUGCAAGGCAAUGAGGAAGAUCUUGGUUGCGAGACAUAAAUUUGAAAGCCAUCCACUGGCCGACCCAUAUACCGCAAGUGGAUAUCUGUCUCGUCGAAUGUUGCCAUUGUACAACUUUGAGAAUAUACUUGCUGGUGUAGAGAUGGGCGAUCUGACUUUGUAA